UUCCACGUCUAAUAAGAAAUUUCUGUUCACCCUAAAGAUUGUUUCGUGCAAGAGAGGCAGACGAGAACGACGAGCACAGUACACUCCAACCAGUUUUAAUAUGUCAGAUGAUGAAAAUCAAUCCAUGGAGGAUGAUUUCCUGGAGGAUCAAUCUAACGACGAGCAUUCUAUUGGGAGUGAUAGAAAUGCACAUGAUGAGUCAGGUCCAAAAAAGGAAAUCAUAUUCAAUGAAUAUGGGCAGCCCGUAGGUCUUGGAUCAGAGAAGUUUUCAACUGUAGUUGGAAAAAUUGCAAAGGCACAUUGUCCACCUGCGAUCAAAUCAUGGAAGGAUGUCAGCUUCAGUAUCAAGAAUACCAUAUGGAACAAUAUUACUUAUGAGUAUUGUGUACCAGAAGUGUAUAGGAAAAAAGUGCUAAGAAAAGCAAACAUUGCUUGGAAAAAUUGGAAAUCAUCACUUCGUAAGAAGUAUGAUAAGUAUAAAACGGAUGUUGCUCGAAAAAAGAAUAGGCCAAGAGGUAUGAAAAAAGAAGACUGGGAAGAUUUUAUUGAGUUCUGCUCUAUGCCAGCAGACAAGGAUCGACGUGAAAAGGGCAGAAAAUCAAGGAAAUGCGCUAAGAGACUACAUUCAUCGGGUAGGACUGGGUGUGCAAGGAUAGCUCACAGAAUGAUUCCUUUCUCAUCUAUAUCUGCACACAUGGUUGUGAAUUCAUGGCCCAUGUCCGCUAACAUUUCUUGACGAGAUAUGGAAGAUGAACCCAAAAUCACCUUAAAUGUAUGUGCCUUUUCCAUUUUAUGGCGUUUAGCCAAGCUCACCCUUUUAUAUUGUUAUAUGUUUGUAGAAAGAGGAAAGUCCUACCGGGGACAUCAAUAGAACUGAAUUGUAUUUGGUCACACAUGUCAGAAAGGAUGGUUCUACCUCCAUGAGCACAAGUGAAGGAUUGGUAAGUGCAAUACUUAUAUAAAAAUGAUAUUGAAAGUUCAUUUGGCUAGGCUUAUAUGUGUCAGUAAAUCUUUUUUAUCACUCUGGUUGAUUACAACAUUCAGGAAUCCACACUCCACCUUGUUCUCCGUCUCCAUGGUAGUUUUUAGAUUCCUCUCUUGUUGAUCAUACUCAUGUAUGGUGUUUUGCACUUGAUAUGAAGUGUGUGGUGUUCACUUUUAGUUUUCUUUUAUGAACAAUAAUUAUUUUGCGUUGAUGUGUGGCGUC